UGCUGUCCUCGCCGUGCACGCGCGUGGUACCCACGGUCGUGAGGAGGAGGAGGAUGUUGCGCGUGAAGGGGAAAUGGCUGCCGAAAACAAGCCGGAAGGACUGAAGAAAGUUCGUAAUCCGGAUCGAAUGUACAGAUCAGCAGUGUGUUAUGCUGGCCAUGGUCCACCUAAGAAUAUCAGUGAUGACACAGAGACGAACAAUGAACAUGGACAUUUGAAAAUAUACCUGCCCAAGAAGCUGCUUGAAUGUCUACCAAAAUGCACGUCGCUGCCAAAGGAGAGACACCGGUGGAACACUAAUGAGGAGAUCGCAGCUUACUUGAUAACAUUUGAAAAGCAUGAAGAAUGGCUAACGACAUCCCCUAAAACAAGGCCGCAGAAUGGGUCGAUGAUACUGUACAAUAGGAAGAAGGUGAAGUACAGAAAGGAUGGCUACUGCUGGAAGAAGAGGAAAGAUGGGAAGACCACACGGGAGGAUCACAUGAAGUUGAAAGUGCAGGGAGUUGAGUGUCUAUAUGGCUGCUACGUCCACUCCUCCAUCAUCCCCACCUUCCACCGUAGGUGCUACUGGCUUCUCCAGAACCCUGAUAUUGUGCUCGUCCACUAUUUGAAUGUUCCAGCGAUCGAGGAUUGUGGGAAACCAUGUGGACCUAUUCUGUGUUCCAUCAAUACAGACAAGAAAGAGUGGGCCAAGUGGACCAAGGAGGAACUGAUCGGCCAGCUCAAACCCAUGUUUCAUGGCAUCAAGUGGACUUGCAGCAAUGGGAACAGCAGCUCUGGCUUCUCAGUGGAGCAGCUAGUGCAACAGAUUCUGGACAGCCACCAAACUAAGCCACCUCCCCGGACUCACAACUGCCUCUGCACGGGCACCCUGGGUGCAGGAAGCAGUGUGCACCACAAAUGCAACAGUGCCAAACACCGCAUUAUCUCCCCAAAAGUGGACCCCCGCUCAGGGGGAUACAGCAGUGCCCACUCAGAGGUACAGAACAACGAUGUGUCUGAGGGGAAAACAGAGCACAGUGCCCAUGGUGGAGGAAAAAGCUCUGGGGGAGGGACUGGAGGGGGUAGCACCAGGGAGAAACGCAAUGGAAAAGUCCACAAGCCUGUCCUGCUACACCAGAACAGCACAGAGGUGUCAUCUACAAACCAGGUUGAGGUCCCCGACACCACUCAGAACUCACCUGUCUCUAUCAGCAGCGGCCUCAACAGCGAUCCGGACAUGGCUGAUAGCCCUGUGGUGACAGGGAUGAGUCAUGUGGCCUCUGUCAUGUCUGGCCUGUCUCAGAGUGUCUUUAUGUCUGAGGUCCCUGGAGACCCUGUCUACAGCAUGUCUCCUACUGGGGGUCCAAAUACUCACCUCAUGGGUGCAGAUGCCACUUCACAGGGCCUGGUGCUGUCUGUGACCUCUGAUCGUCACAAAUUUGCUUUCCCCAGUGGCGGUGUAGGAGAACCUGGGACUACCACUGCAGGAGACAGUCUUUCCAUGUUGUCUACAGCUGGGGUGUCUGAGGAACUGGUGCUCUCCAGCAGUCUGGACUCGGGAACCAUCAAGAUCCCAGAAACUAAUAUGAACUUUGAUCCCGACUGCUUCCUGAACAACCCCAAACAAGGCCAGACCUAUGGAGGCAGCGCAAUGAAGACAGAGGGAAACUCCUCCUCCACCUCGUCUUCCUCUGGUGGCAGUGCUAGCACCAAUGGCAGUCUACAACGCUCCCCCACCAUGCCAGAUAAUACCUACACUUUCAACUCAGCUCUCAUAAAGAACAUCAAAACAGAAGAUACAUCAUUUGAGCAGCAGCUGGCCAAGGAGAGUGGCUACCAGGUGGGGGCAGUAGUGAACUGUGGGAGUGGCGUAUCUGUGUCAUCUGGUGCUGGUUCAGGUCAGGGCAGCCUCAGUCUGACAGCCACAGGCUCCCUGCUUCCAUCUGGAGGUGGUUUGAGUCCCAGCACUACCUUGGAGCAAAUGGAUUUCAGUGCCAUCGAUGCCAAGCAAGACUAUACGUCCAGCACUACCACAGUGAGCUAUGGUCAAGCCAUGUCCAGUUCUCACAUGCAACAUCAGAAUCGUUCCCCCAGCUUCUUCCUCCAGGAUGCAUCUCAGACCAGCCAGACUCAGCAGGGGAGGCCCAGCAUGGGCCAGAAAACACAUUUGAUGGAGCACAACUCCCAUGACUCUGGAGCUUAUAUGGGGUUACAAGUUGUAAAAACAGACUCACCUGGCAGUAAUGGCCACCUUCAUCACCACCAUCAGACCCAUCAGACCCAUCAGACCCAGCACAGAACCAACUGCAAUGGAGGCUCACCCACAGAAGGGCCUGGCCAGGCUGGCUCUCUCCAGCUGCUACAAUACCAGGGGGCCUUUCCUGGGCUGGGCACUGAGCACGAGGAGGUGGUUGGUCUAGAGCAACCUGGGAAUGUGAAUUCAGGUCAGACUGGAGCCACCGAGAAUGGAGCUGAAAAUCUGCUCAAAGCUGGUGAUCACAUCCAGGGAUGUGGGGCAGGAAAUGGAGAGAGAGGAGGAACAGAACGUUACCUGCAGCAAGCUUCAGAUGGCGGCGAUGGAGGGACAGGAGGUGCGGGUGAAGGGGUAGCAAUUCAUAAUGGAAACAACGCCAGUGAUAGCAACAACCACCCCCAACAGCAACAGCAGCUGCAGCCUCUUCUCCAAGGCACGGGCAUGGUGCAGGGACUCUACAAUGCUGUAGGAACCCACCAGGGUCUGGGUGGAGCAGCCAGUAACGGAGGAGCUGGAGGGACAGGCAUGGAGAUAAGUCUGGAUCACUUUGACAUCUCUUUUGGAAACCAGUUUUCUGACCUGAUUAAUGACUUCAUCUCUGUGGAUGGUAGUGGAACAGCCAUGUCAGCUGGAGGGACCUUAUAUGCUCACCAGCUUGUCACAUCUCACAACUCAGAUAACCAGACCACAGCUGGUGGGCCCCCACAGCAGGGCCAGGAAGAUGGAGGAGCCAGGGGCUCUGGUUACAGCCCCUCAGAGCUCUGCCUCCAACCCUGCUGCAGCCCCCAGUCUUUAAGUGGAGGGGCCAGUGCAGGAGGAGGCACAGGAGAGACCGGCUCAUUGUCCUACAUGAAUGUAGCAGAGGUGGUUUCUGCAGCUGUAGCCCAGGGUGCUCUGGGGAUGCUUCAGGCUACAGGCCGUCUUUUCAUGGUCACUGACUACUCGCCUGAGUGGUCCUACCCUGAGGGUGGAGUUAAGGUGCUGAUCACUGGGCCAUGGCAAGAGGCCACCUCAAAUUACAGCUGUUUGUUUGACCAGAUCUCAGUUCCAGCUUCUCUUAUCCAGCCAGGGGUGCUUCGUUGUUACUGCCCAGCUCAUGAUACAGGUCUGGUGACGCUACAGGUGGCUGUCAGUAACCAGAUCAUCUCUAAUUCAGUGGUGUUUGAGUAUAAGGCCCGCGCACUUCCAUCACUGCCAUCAUCUCAGCACGACUGGCUUUCUUUGGAUGAUAACCAGUUCAGAAUGUCUAUCCUGGAGCGCUUGGAGCAGAUGGAGAGGAGGAUGGCAGAGAUGGCCAGCCACCAGCAAACGAGCGGGGGAGGAGGAGGAGGAGGUGGUGGUGGAGGAGGUGGUGGAGGAGCUGGCGGUGGAGGCAACAAUAACCAGUCACAGUGUGUAUCUGGCCAAACGCAAGCCAGCAGCUCCUUUGAGAGCCGUGUUGUGGUGGUCUGCGAGAAGAUGAUGAGCAGAGCUUGCUGGGCCAAGUCCAAGCAUUUAAUCCACUCCAAGACCUUCAGAGGCAUGACACUUCUUCAUCUGGCUGCAGGCCAGGGCUACGCCACCCUCAUCCAGACACUCAUCAAGUGGCGUACAAAGCAUGCUGAUAGCAUUGAUUUGGAGUUAGAAGUGGACCCUCUCAAUGUGGAUCACUUCUCGUGCACGCCUCUGAUGUGGGCCUGUGCGCUGGGUCACCUGGAGGCAGCGGUGGUACUGUACAAAUGGGACAGACGUGCCCUAGCUAUCCCAGAUUCUCUGGGCCGCUUACCCCUGUCAAUCGCCCGCUCACGUGGCCAUACCAAAUUGGCAGAGUGUCUGGAGCAGUUACAGAGGGAAGAGCAGCAACCGCCAGCCCCUCUACCACCUACAACUCGCAUGUCUUUUUCCCCAGCCCCUGAUGCCCCCACCACAGACAGCUGGAUGGUCAGCUGGGCAAACACCAGUGUAGUAGCACCAAGUGGCAAGAAAGGAUGUCCUGCCACCACAACAACCACACCCAGCACUACCAGCCUCAAUCCAGACUUGAGAAGGCCAAGGUCAGAACCCUCCAACUACUACAGCACCGAGGGCCAAAGAGACCUCCCACUAGCUAAAAAACAUAAACCCAACCCAGAACUGUUUCAAACUCGGCCUGACAAGGCCAUGUCUGUUCCUUUGAGCCUGGAGCAGCAACAGCUGCACAAGCUGUCCUCGAGCACUAAGAGCCUGUCCUCAGAAGUCCUGAGCUCAGACAAAGGACUGUCUACUGGAGGCAGCACAGGGACAACAAGAUGGACCUCCAGAGAGAGUUUCUCCAGCAGCAGCAACUUGGGAAGGAAGGCGCUGGGUGUCAGUGGAGGCAGCAGCUUGGGGAAGGAGAAACUGGCCAAUCGGUUACGGCAGCGGGAACAGUUAGGGAUGCUAGUGAUGUCAGAAAGUGAAAUGGCUGAUUCAGAGCUGCUAUCAUAUCGGGAGGAUCUAGAGAACCAGGACUGCCUCACACAGAUGGAUGACCUGCAGGUAAAUAUGAUGACUCUGGCUGAGCACAUAAUUGAAGCAACGCCAGAGAGAAUCAAAAGGGAGAACUUCACCGCUGCAGACUCUGUGCCCUUAGACACAUCAGGGGUCAGCAACACCAUGAACUGGCUGGCCAACUACCUGGGAGACGUAGAACAGCUGCCAAGCAUCAUACAUCUACGAUCUCUGUAUAAUGAACCCCUGACCCCAUCAUCAAACCCCAGUUUGAGCCCCGGAGGGUCUCCGUUGAGAGAGGGCCCCCUGGAAAGGUCAACACUUCCUUCCCCAGCUGACUGGAGUGAGUUCAUCAAUGCCUCCAACAGCAAAGUGGAGCGAGACCUGGCCCAGCUGACUCUGUCGGAUCCAGAGCAGAGAGAGCUAUAUGAGGCGGCCCGCCUAGUCCAAACUGCCUUCCGCAAGUACAAGGGGCGGCCGCUCAGAGAGCAACAAGAGGUAGCUGCUGCUGUUAUACAACGUUGUUACAAGAAGUACAAACAGCUAACAUGGAUAGCCUUGAAGUAUGCACUUUAUAAGAAGAUGACGCAGGCCGCCAUCCUUAUCCAGAGUAAAUUCCGCAGCUACCACGAACAGAAGAAGUUCCAGCAGAGCAAGAGGGCUGCCGUGCUCAUUCAGCAAUACUACCGCAGCUACAAGGAGUUUGGCAGGCUGAAGCCACACCACCGCGGGGCUGCUGCUGCUCUGGUGCAGCACAAACUAAGAAGUAGUCUGCUCACAAAGAGGCAGGAUCAGGCUGCCAGGAAGAUUAUGAGGUUCCUACGACGUUGUCGCCACAGCCCCUUGAUGGACCAUAGACUGUUCAAGCGGGGUGAAAGAAUUGAAAAGGGCCAGGGAACAUGAGACCCCUCAGAAGAGCUCCCUUGCGAUGUGACAUCACUCUCCUGAUUCCUCUUUUCUUUUUUGUUUGUACCCGAGAC